AUUUUGUGAAUAGCCUAAUAAAUUGUUGAAGAAAUAAGGCUACUGAAUUACUGGAUCAACGUACUUUUAUCGUAAAAGGAAAGCUGACAGUCAAUUAAACGGGUCUUUUUGAACGGGUCGUGGCAGUGAACGAGACCGAUUGACCCAAAUCAGUGAAAUGAUCCGAACUUCCAAUUUUACCAACUGUAGAUUGAUUUUAUAUGGCCUCCUCCUCUGGGGUGGAGCCACAGAUGUCGCCCGAAUCCUUCGUCUCCAGAAGAAGGCCCUGAGGAUUAUUUGUGGGGCUGGUAGAUUGGCCCACUGUCGCCCGCUCUUUAUCAAAGAGAGGAUCCUCACCGUCUUCUCCCUCUAUGUUCUUCAUACCCUUUGCAGAACACAUGCAAACGUGGGGUUGCUCGUAACCCGACAAAGCUUCCACCCGUAUGAGACUAGGGGUAGACUCAGGCUGAAUUUACCCUACCAGAGGCUGAGCAGAACCCGGACUGGUCUGGCCAAUAAUAUGUCCAUCAGCCUCUAUAAUAGGCUGCCUCUGUUGGCCAGGGAACCGCCUGCUGUGCGGUUUCGAGGGCGUAAUCUAACCUAA